GGGGCCCUGGCCGGCUGCGCCGACUCGGGGCGCUGCUGCCCCGGCCGAGACCCCGCCUGCUUCGUCCACGGCUGGAGGCUGGACAGAGUCUACGGGACGUGCUUCUGCGACCAAGCCUGCCUCAUCACCGGCGACUGCUGCUUCGACUACGCCAGGGCGUGCCCAGCUCGCCCGUGCCUGGUCGGGGAGUGGAGCCCCUGGAGCGGCUGCGCGGACCGGUGCCGGCCGACGGCGCGCGUGCGGAGGCGCGCGGUGCGGCAGGAGCCCCGCAACGGCGGCGCGCCCUGCCCGGCCCUGGAGGAGAGAGCCGGCUGCCUGGAGUACGCGACGGCCCAGGGCCAGGACUGCGGGCACGCCUUCGUCCCUGCCUUUAUAACUUCCUCCGCAUUCAACAAGGAGAGGACAAGACAGGCGGCCUCCCCACAGUGGUCUACAGACAUCGAGGAUGCUGGAUACUGUAUGGAGUUCAAGACAGAGUCAUUGACCCCUCACUGUGCCCUGGAAAACCGCCCCCUGACUCGCUGGAUGCAGUACCUCCGAGAGGGGUACACAGUGUGUGUGGACUGCCAGCCCCCGGCUAUGCACUCUGUGAGCCUUCGCUGUUCUGGAGACGGGCUGGACUCUGAUGGAAACCAGACUCUCCAUUGGCAAGCAGUCGGCAGUCCUCGGUGUCAAGGAACUUGGAAAAAAGUGCGGCGAGUUGAACGGUGUUCUUGUCCAGCUGUUCACAGCUUUAUUUUUAUAUAGAUUGUGAUAGAAAUAUUUCAAAAUGUGUUUGUAAACAUGCUAAAUAUUAGCAAAUCACGUUCAGUGUUUCAUAAUCCUUUAUAAACUCUUUGGCCAAGGGCCCCUGUAUAAAAGUCACUGCCACACUGUGAAAUAGAGAAAGGAAAUUUAGGGGCCAGUUCUCAAGAAACACAGCGCCUUUAUUUUUAUUUUUACUAAGUUGAGGGCCCACCAUGCAGUCUCCUGUGGUUUUACAUCCUUGACCUGUCACCUGGCGGCUCCUCAUUCAACAGGUGGCACACUGGACACGGAGUUCAUGUUUGUCUGUACGUGGUUCGUUUAUUGAUAAGCUGUCAUGUUCAGGGUAUCCAUGCUUUGAGUCUUGCAUUCUUUCUUUCUAUUCUGUAAUCUCUUAAAAAGAAAAGCCUUAAAAACUGCCUAUAGAUAUAUGUAUGCUCAUACAUUUCCCAUAUAUUAUUCCAUAAAUUCUGAAAUAAUAACUGUCGAACAAAUUGUCACAAAUCACUUUCCACAGUCAAGCUAAGAUUUAGUAAGCUAAUGCAAAACCAACAACUAUACUAAAAUACUUUUUUUAAACUAGAAGAAAUUUUCUUCAGUUAAUCGAAAAGAAUCAAUCAAAUGUUCAUUCUAGGUCAGUACAGAGUUUCUUUAAAUGUUAUAAUUUCCAGGAAGUGAAAUUUUGGCACCAAUGAAUGAAACACUUGCUUUAAUUGUGAACAUUCUACCAUCAUUAGCAUCUAAGAUUAUUUCCAAGGCUUAAAUUAAGCCUGAAGUUGACUAAGAUGAGCUUGGAGUUAAUUGAAGUAAAACAUACGACUUUGUUUUCCUGCAGCACACAUGCACACGUUUUCUUAUGUCUGGAGUAGAAGCCAGAGGUAUAGAUUAUGGAUAGCAGAGAUUUAUUACAAAUGCUAGGAUCCCCACCACCGCACACAGAGAAGUAUUAGUCUCAUUUUAUGAUUAGAGAAGCAAUGAACCAGAGACAAAGUGCCUUGUUGAAGGAUUUGGGAUGAAUGACAGCUGGACCCAGGUCUUAGCUUUUCAUCCAGGAAUCAGCUUUGAUGGAGAGCCUGAUGGUGCUAUAAAAGCAAAGCCCUUUUUAUUUCUGCAAAAUUUUAUAUUCAGGGUAUUUUCUUGGGAGAACAGAAGCUUGAGAUUUAAUCUACCGGCAUACCCUGGAGAUGUUUGGGUUCGGUUCCAAACCACCACAAUAAAGCGGGUCACAAGAAAUUUUGGCUUCCCAGUGCAAAUAAAAGUUUUGUUCACACUAUAUUGAAGUUUGUUACCUGUGCAAUAGCAUUAUGUCUGAGAAAACAAUGUGCAUACCUUCAUUGAAAAAUACUUUAUUACUGAAAAACGCUAACCAUCAUCUGAGCCUUUAGUGAGUAGUAACAACAAAGAUCACUGAUCACAGAACACCUUAACAAAUAUAAUAAUAAUAGUGAAAAAGUUUGAAAUAUUGUGAGAAUUACCAAAAUGUGACACAGAGACACAAAGUGAACAGAUGGUAUUGGAAAAAUGGAGCCAAUAGACUUGCUAGAUGCAGGGGUGCCACAAACUUUCAGUUUGUAAAAAAUGCAAUUAUCUGUGAAGCACAAUAAAAUGAGAUAUGCUCGUAUAUGAAA